AUGCGGAUACAUUCAAUAUCAACAUUUGCAUUGAUUAUCAUUUGUGUAUUCAUCACAAAUAGUCUAUUGGUAAAUGGACAAAUGGCUGAAUAUUAUAUGAAUGAUGAAAUACCACAAGUGAAUACAUAUGAAAAUAUGUAUCCAAGAUAUAUUCAACGUCAUAGAUCACAACAUUAUAAACGAGGUGGAAUGUAUGGUGGAUUAUUAGGGAAAUAA